AUAUAUUUUUAAUCAUGACUCACCACGAAGAAACCUAUAACCGUCUCCAAUCCAUUGACCAAGCUACUGAAGAACACAAGUCUGAAUGGACCCACGAACUUCUUGCCGGUGCUGCUGGUUUCGAAGCUCUUCACCUUUUGAACAAGAAGAAGAAGGCUGAAGGUCAAGAAGUUGACCACGCUCUUGCCAAGGAACUCCUCGCUGGUUUCGCUGCUGCUUCCGUUGAUGGUUUCAUCGAAUCCAAGGGUAUGAACUGGAUUGACAAGGAAAAGGCCAAGCACCACGCCAAGAAGGAAGCUGAAGCUCUCUACUCCAAGGAAACUGGUUUCGAAUUCUAAAUUUGAUGUACAUAUAUACAUACACCUCUUACAUAUAAUUGUAUUUUCUCUUGAAUAAUAAAAAAAAUGUAUAUUUUUUUUUGUCUC